AAAACGGAACCGAAUUGUUGUAGGGUCUUUAUAUAUAUAUCGAAAUUACAAAAGAAAUUAGAUCUUUCUCAAAAAAAAAAAAAGUAGGGAGGGGAUUUGCCAUUUUUAUAGGCCCUUCCGUGAUUUCUGUGGGAUGCUAAAACUGAAAGGUAAAUGUAUUGGUUCAACUUUAAAGCUUAAACCAACAGAAAAAUUAGUAAAUAUGAAUUGGAAAAUUUAUAUUUACUAAUUGGGCGAGUCAAUGUCCUACUUCCAAGCUCCCCUAAAAACUAAACAAACCCAAUUUCCCAAAAUUUCUCUCUCUAAAAUUAAAUCAGAAAACGAACCCAGAAAUGAGAAUCCCCAGUCUCCUCAACUACGCAACAGAUCCAUAAGCCAAUUACCCGUCUCCGAAUUAAAUUUCGGUUUCGAGGAAUGGGAAUGGCCCUCUGAAUCCGAAUUCGGAUCGCCAUGGACACCAUUUCGGAAUCCCACAAGCUCCAGAACAUACCUUCUUUCAAGCUGUCCCGGUACUCCUCCGGCGCACGCGACUCCGACGCCGGCGACGACCUCCGCUACAUCAGCCUCAAAGACAUCCUCCUGAACUCCCCCUCCUACAGCGGCGUCAACGACUUCAACGACUUCAAUUCCUCCAACAUCUCCAUACGGAAUGAGCUCGUCAAGCGCGCCGCCUCCGCCUACCUCCAAUCGGCGGCCAUCCUCGUCAGCCGCAACGAAAGCUGCUUCGUCAGCUUCUGGGAACGCCUCCGGAACAAACUCGCCGCCCUCCGCUCCCGCUGUAAAGUGGAGGGGGACAUACGAGUACGCGAAGGGAAGAGAGUUGAGACGGAGACGAAUCCAAGCCAACGAGGUUACAAAAGGUACGAACGAGUUGGAUAACCAGUUGACGGUUACUUUUCUAGUUAUUCCCGCUCCAGUGGAGAUUGCUUGCUUUCUCGAUGGGAAUUGGUAAUACUUGGUCUUGGUCUUUGAUGAGGAAGUGGUGGCAGGGCAAAGAAUGGGUGGAGAUUAGGAUAUAGUCAGGAUAUUCCACUGUCUCGGUAAACCCAUUUCUAGUUCUUUUUAAAAAGGGGCUUUGCAUUCAAGACAGUUGAUUCAAUAAAGUUCGAAGUUACUAUUGUCGAUGCUCUAUCAUGUAUGUUUUAAUUUCAGACGUGAAUCAUUUGCCCCUUUUUUCUUUUGUAUAAA